CGUGAACGAGCACGCAGGACGUUCGCGUUCACGUACGACCUUGUUUUUGUUGAUGUUUAAUUUGAGUGCGACUGCGCGCUACUCAAUGCUCUCGCCGUUGCUGACGCGAACUGGCAGGAGAGGAGGGGGAAAUACAGUGUGAACCGAAGUGAAUCCUCUUCACCCGGCGGCCCUCUGGAAGCGGACUAGGUUGGACGGUCCCGGUUCGACAUUGUUUGGGAAUUACAGGAACGAUCAUCUUGGCUAGCGACUAAACAACCUCUGCCGUAUGUGAUCGCCCUCCCUCGUCGACGGACGCUGCCAGCGAGGGCCGAGGAGCAAAAUAGCGUAUCGCCAUUAUAUGACCCAGUGUCCAGCGUCACUUUCACCCUCCAUGUGGGUGAGGGAGCUGUGUGUGUCAGAUUAUGGCGAGGAAAACAGUUAGCAGGAAAAGGAAGGCAGGAGAGCCCAAGGACCAACAACAGUUGGGCUGGUGUCAGGCGCCGUACAAGCGGAGCCGCGUUUCUUGUUCGUCACGUCAUGCUCAACAGUGGUGGUGCAAUCGGCAAUCGGUGGUAUGUGCCGUGCGUGGGCGGGAGUUCAGACCUCAGCAGCAGCACGAGUUGCGUCUCCAGCGGAGCCUUCAGGGCUUUGCGGCGGGCCGGCUCCCAGCCAUCCUCAAGGAGAGGGAGUUCUCUCUGGGGCGACUCAACAAGGUGUUUGCUUCACAGUGGCUCAACCACCGGCAGGUGGUCUGUGGGACCAAGUGCAACACGCUUUUUGUAGCAGAUGUCCUGACGGGGCAGAUAACACGCAUUCCCAUGCUGAAGGACAGGGAGUGUCAUGGUGGUGGCUCGACGGCAGUGGGCGCCGUGGUGGUGGGCCGGCAUUACUACCCCACUGGAGGCACCCGUUCGCGGAUGGACCAGCAGGGCUGUGGAAUUCACGCUAUUGAACUCAACCCCUCCAGGACACUGCUUGCCACAGGAGGAGACAACCCCAACAGCCUGGCCAUCUACCAGCUGCCCACACUGGAUCCGGUCUGCGUUGGAGAUGAUGGCCACAAUGACUGGAUCUUCUCGAUAGCAUGGAUAAGUGACAACAUGGCGGUUUCUGGUUCCAGAGAUGGAUCCAUGGGCCUGUGGGAGGUGACAGAUGAAGUAAUGAGUCAGGCUCAAAGGAGUCAGACGGAGGAAGCAGUACCUUCCUACGCCCACAUCUCCCACCGUGCCCUCAAGGACAUCCCAAAGGAGUGCACCAACCCAUACAACUGUAAAGUCCGCGCUCUAGCCUUCAACAACAACCAUAAAGAACUGGGCGCUGUGUCUUUGGAUGGUUAUUUCCACCUCUGGAAAGCUGAACACAGCUUGUGCAAGAUACUGUCCACCAAGCUGCCUCACUGCAAAGAGAACGUGUGUUUGGCGUAUGGACAGGAAUGGUCGGUGUACGCCGUGGGCUCUCAGGCCCAUGUCUCGUUUCUGGAUCCACGGCAGCCUACACACAGCAUCAAGUCUGUCAAUUCCAGAGAAAGGGGAAGCGGGAUCCGCUCAGUGAGUUUCUAUGAGCACAUUGUGACAGUGGGCACCGGCCAAGGUUCGCUCCUCUUCUACGACAUCCGGGCUCAGAGGUUCCUGGAGAACCCUCUGAAUCCAGCCGGGGGAUGCCGGAAGUGCCCAGGAGAUGGCAUCCUCAAGCUCUCGACUGGGAAAGGCUGGCUGAAUCAUGACGAGACGUGGAGGAGUUACUUCUCAGACAUUCAUUCAUUCCCCAACGCGGUGUACACCCACUGCUACGACGACUCCGGCACCAAGCUGUUCGUAGCAGGUGGACCUCUCUGUUCUGGCCUGCACGGGAACUACGCAGGGCUGUGGAGUUAGCCCCUUUGUCUCCUCUACUGCCACCACACCCUCGUCCACUUUUUUUUUUUACUCAACCAGUCCCUCCAAUCCUCUCCCGCUUUACGUCUAUUGUGACAUCGCUGUCUCUGAGUAUCCCUCUUGCACAUUUAAUUGUCACUCUGCGCGUGCGUGCGUGUGUGCGUGCGUUUCCUCCAUUACUCUAUCCCUUCUCCUGGAAUUAUUCCUCGUCUUCUUCCUCCUCCACCUCUCCAUUUGUUUUUUCCUAUAAAAAAAAUGUACAAACAACUAACUAGUCAUUUCCAAGCGAUGCAAAGUCUGCCACUGAGGAACUCAGAAUAGAUUUUGGUAAACAUCAAGAAUAAUUCAAAACAUUUACAUCCAACCCACAGGGAUUAGGCUAUGGCCCUUUUGUUUGUAUGUAAGGAGUGUUCACUGCUGCUUCGUCUCUGAUAAAUGACAGUGUCUUUGUGAAAUGGUUGUUAAAUUCUCUCCAAAAAGUUAUUUUUCACACACUCACCGAAAUGGAUGGCAAUAAAGGAGAGGCAAGAAGGCAGGAGGAGUGAAGAGACGAUUCAUUUUAAAGGACUCAACCGGAGUGCAGUUUGACGUUUGAUGGAGAACAAUUACUGGUUGGAACAGCCACGUCCUGUCCCACAACAAUCACACAGAACUUCUGUCUUCUCCCGUCUAAAGUAAAAUGAAGAAGCCAAUCAAAAUGGGACUUUGUGUUCACAACUCUUCUCGAGAUGAUGUAAAGGAGACAUAUUAAGAUUGCUCAAUGCUGUGUUGUAGUUAUGCUAUGAAUUAAUCCCAUCAAAUGCUUAUUUUAUUUUUUUGACUUUGUGUGAUUUGACCGAUGUACCCCUGCUGACGUUAUGAUUCGCUUUGUGUAUCUAUUUUCUCAUUUCUCUGUCACCGUCAUUCACUUGGUCAGGGGUAUUUAUAUAAGCUUCUUUUGGAUGACAUGUUGUCCUUUUGCCCCUCUGCUUCUGUUCUUGUUCUCUUUGACCAGAAUGCUUUCAGCAGAUUUGUCCAUAACACGGUGUUUGAAACCAAUCUGUAGUCAUUCUGUUAUGAGAGAAUUCACCCUAAGAUUUAUGUUUAGUUUUGGUAGCAGUUGUAAUCAGAUCUGAUGAGUUAAGGAGCCUUUAAUUACUGGAUUCAAUCCCUUUGUGAUUCGGGAUUUCAGGAAGAUGUGUAGUAGCUUACUUUGAUCUUCUCAACCAAGCAAGAACUAAUGAGAAUUUUUGGACUGUACCUAGGAGUCGGAGGCUAAAGGCACAUACAACAUUGGUUGUCGCAGUUUGAAUAGUUGUUUUUUUUUCCUUUUUUUUGUAUCAAAGAGAGUGAUUCUGCUCCUCUCCUUGUUUGGUAGAGGCAGGGUAGACUUGAGUUCUGUUUUGCCUUCCUCAAGUCUUUCUGUGAAAGACUGCCACGGGCGACCAUAGUUUUCCUUUUCUACAUGGAACUCUUCACCAGUUUUCAUAAUAAUGACAGAUUGAAAAGAGGAAACCCCCAAUCACAACCACGAAUUGAACAAAUAACCAACACUUUAAAAGUGAAUUUUAUAUAUAAAUGUGUAUAUGUAUGUGUAAAAUACAUAGGGACAAGUGCAUACAUUUUUAUGUAUAUGUCUGAGGAAGUGUGUGGAUUGAUGUGUCUAUUUGGUGAUGCCUUGUUUUUUUUUAUACACGCCUCAUGAAUGUUUUUACAAAUGACUGAAUCUGAGGAUAUUGUACGAUAAACAUCUGGGAAAAAAACAAGCUAUUAAAUCUUUAAAAAGAGUAAAUAAUAAAAAUAAAAUGUAUAUUAAUGUAA